AGUGCCGCCAUGAGCCUGGUCACUCAGGCACAGUGAAGCCGAGGAGGGCUGAGGUGGUACCUUUCACGGUUCCCAGCAAGAGUGACAAAACCCUGUUGGUGUGGGAGCUGAGCCUUGACCCCACGGUCAAAGCCUUGCAUCCUUCUCCUGAUUCGCCUUCUGUGUGCUGUGCGCGUCUUCCCCAACGCUGUGGCCGCCCCGCCGGUUUUUACGCAGCGGUCAUUUUAUUCUGCGCGCGCUGCUCACUCAGCCCAAGGGGCCUGCGGCCGGCAGCCGCUCUUCCAGUUCUCUCCGCUGAAGCUCAUUCUCACUCCCCGUCCUUUCCUCCAUGCCUGCGCCUUCAUCAGACAUGAGAGCACCCCUCCGUGGUGACCAUAGACUCAGCUGUUCAGAUUAAUCAGAGACUAUGGAAAUAAUGCAGAAAAGUACCAUGGCUUGAAAAUAAUGAGUAUUAGUCUUUAGUAUGAACAUAAUGUCUAAACUGUUUAAGGAACAAAGAAAUAGGUCAGGAGUUAAUGUGCUGACCUUGCUUGCUGCUAACCCAGUUCUAUACCCAGCAACACAUAGAUUCCCCCAACCAACAUGUGGAGUAUACCCAGAGCACAGAGCUAGGAGUAACUGAUUACUGCUGAGUAUGGCUCUGAAACAAGAGCAACCACCAAAGUUUGCUUGAUUUGCUCUUCACAGCCACUUUAUGAAACUUGUAUUGAGAAGUCUUGGUCGGCUGAAUUAGAUCUCUGUGGCAAGUCAUUCCUAUCCUUGAGUAUGUCUCUUAUGUCUUUAGGUUCGUCUCAGCAGACAUAAACCACUUCAGCAUUGGACACUUGCCCUAAAAUGUUCCCAAUGCCAGGAACUGGCAAAAUGCUAUCUUGGUUUCAAUGGAUGGUCUGAAAGGAUUGUCAGCUUUGGAAGUGGAGAUAGAGUUCAAGUGCAAAGCCUGUGCCCGCCGUGUUCAAGGCCCUGGCUUUUGUCCUGAGUACUUCAUGACUCCACAGCACUGUGAGGUGUGACCCCAGCGGGCCCUGAGGACCGACAGACCUGGCAGAUGGGAGUUGUCUAAGUGAAAGUGUCUGAGCAUCGGUCACACCCCAGAGUCAGUAAAGAUCUCAGUGAAUUGACGUGUUGUCCAUAUUCUACAACACUUGUGUGCUCUGUUUGUGCAUGGUUGGUGUAGUUCAUGGAAAGUUUUGCUUACUGUUGAAGUCACAGGUUACUUCAACUAUUGGCAAGGAUUGCUGGAAUUUAGUUAUUACUUCUAAUUAAACAUUUUAAAAUCUACAUUGAUGGGAUUAUACGGCAGCUGGGGGCAGUUUCUGGGUAUGACUGCCUAGCGACUGGAAAAUGGAGAAUUUGGGUGGAAGAGGCCCAGUCCCGAACAUCCACACUAUAAAACCAAGCUCCCAGAAGCAUGCGGCCAUGAUGCGGCCACGGGACAUCUGAUAGGCUAGUUCUCCCUCUUGUAGAACCUGGCAUUCUAUGAGAGUUUACUGCCUGCAUGGGGGAGAGACCUUGUCAAGUUCCCUGUGGUGUAUUCAUAUGCCAAAUACAGUAACAAUGAUGGGUCUCAUUCCCCUGACCCUAAAGACCUCACCUCAAAUGCGGCACCACUGGGAAGGACGAGUAAAGAGAGGCUGCAAAAAUCUCAGGGCUAGGAUGAAUGGACAUUAUUGGGCCCGCUCAGGCAAAUCGAUGAUCAAUGGAGUGACAGUGACAGUGAAAAUCUACAUUGAGAUAUUCAGAAGGACCUUCAAUCUAAAAUCCUAACAGCUUCAGGAUCUUUCUGACCUUGAAGAAAGGGAAAACGAAGAUAUUGUGGCACCACUUCAGAAGCAAAGUGUGAAGUUCUGUGCUUUAGAGGUGGUAUUGUCAUCUUUUGAUUGCAAGAGCCCUGGAGUUGGCAUAGCCGAGACUUUGGAUAAACUGGAAGGUCUCUGUGGGGACUGGAAUAAGGUUGGAACUUCCAGAAAAUCUAAGAAACCUCAUCAUCGACCACAACAGAUGCAGGAUGAGGACUUAGAUUCCAGUAUGGAUAUCUUUUAUCCCGAGGGGAAUGAACCCUUGGAUGUACUGGGAGAUUCAGAGCAACAUCCACAGAUCCCUCACAAGACUGAAUCCUUUUCACCCCAGUCCCAGCAUCCAGAACCCUCUGAAGAGCUAGAACAGCUUCCCUUUAAGGCCCUGGAAGCUGAAGUUUCAGCAAGCACACAACAGACCCCAGCUGCACUUCCAGGAUUUCCCGAGGAAUCGAAACCUUUAGUUCCAGACUCAGAUUUGCUGUCCAGUACCCCUGAAGAGGGUGAUACUGCUUCAGUCCUGCCAGAAAUCCUAGUUCAGCCUACAUUGGGUCCUGAGGAAAGGGGGUCUUCAGUACCUCAGGAGAUGGAAGCUCAGUCUUCAGAGUCAGGUCUGAAAGCGCAGUCUUUACUGCAUCAUCAGCCAAAUGAACUGUCUCCAGUCCAGAAAGAAGCCCAUCUUUCAAAUAUAUCUACUGUCAUCAUCAAACCUGCCUAUCUGCAGAUUACCGAAACUCCAAGAGUCAACAAGCAGGAUGAAAUUUCAACCCAGCCAGAAACCCUAAGUCUAAGUCACACAGGAGAGACCCGUGAAGAGAAUGAACACUCUCUAGCUCAAGAGGUGGCCCAGUCUCAGCCUCUAGAGAGCCCUAAGGGUGACUCUGCCAUACAGCAGGAGGCAGUGGCUCAAGCUCCAGAGAUCCUUGAGGUGACUGAAUCUUCAAUCCAGCAGGAAUCCCUAGCUCAGCCUCCUGAAUCUUCUAUGGAGUUGGAAGGUCAACCAUUUCUUCAUCCUGCGGAAAAUCUUCCAACUCCAAAUCAGAAUGGAACUUCACACUUAAACUUGCCCCGUGUCACUGCUCAGCAUUUGAGUGUGACAUUUUCCAUUUUUUCAGAGGUUGGUGAUGAGGUUGAAUCUUCUCCAGUGCCACAGGAGGCCCUGGAUCAACCGUCUGAGCCAUCUGAGGAAUCUGUCACUAAUCCACCUCUGCAUCCCGAAGAGUUUAUUACAUCUCCACGUCACAAUGAAUCCCCAAGCUUAAAUUUGACAUAUGUCAGUGCUAAACCUAUUGGUGUGACAUUUUCCAUAUCUACAGAGAUCAGUAAUGAGGAUGAACCUUCAGUCCAGCAGGAGAUGCAGGCUCAAUCUCCUGAGCCAUCUGAGGAAUCCGUCACUCACCCUUUCCCGCAUUCUGAAGAAAAUAUUCCAUCUCCAAGUCACAGUAAAGCUCCACACAUCAACUUGCCCAGUGUCACUUCUAAUCCUAAGGGUGUGACUAUUUCUGAAACUACAGAGGUCAUAAAUGAGGUCAAACCUUCAGUUCAGCAGGAGGCCCAGGCUCAACCUCCAUCCCAAGAGGUCCAGGCUUCAUUUCCAGGCCUCUCUGAGAACAUGGAAUUAUCUGGCUGGCAGAUUGUAUCAUCAACCAUUUCUGAAACACAGAAGUUCCAGAGUGAGAUGGUAGCUCUACAUUUGGGUCAGACUCUAACUCAGCUUUCGCCAGACAAGGAACCUGCUGAGAAAAUGGAAAUUUCUUCACCUGUGCAGGAGACCCUCACUCAGCUUUCAGAGUUACCAACAGAUAUCGUUUUGGCUCAGGCUUCAGAGCAUUUGGAAGGACCACUUUCAGCAUCAACUCGGCAUCCAUCAUCAGUCCGGGUCACGACUCUCACGGCAGAACCAAGUAGGGAGAGCAAAGCUUCUACGACCCUGAAGAAGACUACCGCUCCCACAGAGCACACUGUGACAAAACCAACAGGGAAUGUGCGGACUCAUUCAAUCGCCACUAAGAUUUCAGCUCUACCCAGUCUGGGGGUUUUGAAGACAGUACCUUCUCCAACCACACAAAAGACCACAGGUCAGACUUCUCAUCAAAAUCAACCUUCUACACACCAAUAUAUAACUGUAACUCCGGAACGCACUGUGAAGACUAAACCCUCGACAACCCUGACAAGUACCAGUGCUACAGAACACUCAGAUGUGACACCUAUCACACCAUCUCUGAGUCCUCAUUCAAACCUGAGUGAAGUCACGUAUCCACCUAUAAACAAGGACGUUCCUGUCACUGAAGGCAGUUCAGUUACAGCUCCAACCAUGCAAGAGACUGGAGUUCCGUUUUCAAAGGCCCCAAAGAAAGCUGAGGUAACAGUUUCAACAAGUACCACUCUGACAACCCCCACAGAGGGAUUGCUGUCAGAACAGGGUCAGCAUCAACACACAGAUCUGAGUGAACAGACAUCUGUAACUUUGGACGAAACGCCACAACCAGAAACAUCAAGGACAGCUUCCCUGAGUCACUCUUCAGCCCUAUCUUCUGGACGAUCUACUUCCGAAAAGGCACAUGUAGAUUUCCCUGAGCAACUGCAACAGAAUGAACACAUGACCUUCAACAUAUGUGAGCUUUGUACCUGCACAGAGGAUACCCUCUCCUGCACCGGUCUCAGUCCAGAGAAGAGACUCCGUAGAGUGCCUGUGCCAGGGCCCAACAUCAACAGGACCUUCACUAUACUGAAUUUCCAAGGAAACUCUAUUUCUUCCAUUGAUGGAAAUACAUGGAAGGCAUACCCUUGGGUUGAGAAACUAAUCCUCAGUGACAAUUCUUUGACUGAAUUACAUAAGGAUUCAUUUGAAGGCCUGCUAUCCCUCAAGUACUUAGAUUUAUCCUGCAAUAAAAUACAGUUUAUUGAAAGGCGUACAUUUGAAGAACUACCAUAUCUGCAGUAUAUGAAUCUUAGUUGCAAUUUAAUCACCGAACUGAGCUUUGGAACGUUUCAGGCCUGGCAUGGAAUGCAGUUUUUACAUAAGAUAAUUCUCAGUCAUAAUCCUCUAACAACUAUUGAAGAUUCAUAUCUUUUUCAAUUACCAGCAUUAAAAUAUCUAGACAUGGGAGCAACACAAGUGUCGCUUGGACCAGUCCAAAACAUCCUCAUGAUGACUCUUGAAUUGGAAAAACUGAUCUUACCUAGGCAUCUCACCUGCUGCCUCUGCCAAUUUAAGAAUAAAAUAGACUCUGUCUGCAAAGUAGUCAAACUACAUUGUGAAUGUACCAGCAGCACACACUGUGAUGAGGAAUCCAUAAAUAAUAUAGAAGGGGAGUUCAUGGAGACUUUACAGGCCCGAAAAAAGAACACUAGCACCGAACUGACCAUAGAACCGGACAAGGCCUCAUCAGAGAGAGACAGAAUGUCCUUUUUCAUAAAUGAGCAGCUGGACUUCAAUGAUAACGAUAUGAUGAAUAAGCUAAAUUACAUAAUGCCUUUUUUCCAGGAAGGUAACAUAAAAGAUGUUGAAUCAACCUUGUUACCCUUCCUUAAGCUCCUUUUUAAAGAUGUAAAAGACAAAGCAAAUCCUGGGGUUCAUUUGAAGAACAGCACAAUUCCGAUGUCUCUACAGCUUGAAUCCAACAAUUCAACAUACAAUAAGUUGAAAAGUCUCCAUUUUCUGAAAAGCUUGAUAAAUGCAGCAACUCAAGCAAAAGUCCACAAAGCUAGGAAGAGAGAGAAAACUGCCACGCUGGUCCGUUCCAUACUUUUCGGGCCCAAAUUGAACCGUCAGAUCUUUCCGAAGAAAUUGAAAACUGUCUGGCCAAAGAGAAAACACUUAGGGAAGGUGGCAGAGAGGGAGAGGAAACCACUGCAGAUGAGCAGCGUGCUCAAGGACCCCGGGGGCCUCCAGAAAAAAGAGCUUCCCUUGACGGGGAGGCCCAGGAAAUUGGUGGAAAACUCCUUCAAUGAGGAGUCAAACUCCAUCCAGGAGCACAAGGCGGUGUUCUCCAUGCCCCUGGAAGAAUUCUCCAUGGGCAGGCCAUCUGCUGCCACUUCUAAAGUCCCACCCGAGAACCCCAAAGACCUAAGGGAUACUUUCCGCGUUUUAGAAGACGCAGAUGCCAGGGUUCGGAACAUGAAGUUUCCCAGCCCCGUGCUACACAAUAAAAUAAAUUAUAAUUUUCAGAAAUCUUAUUCUCACCUGGGAAGCAGAAGGGCUAAAGCCAGCGCGAAUAGGGACACGAAAGAAUCAGCACCCGAGAGGCCAGUGCGAGUCGCCAAGCGGCCUCCUUUCGCUGCGGUGAAGAGCCUCAUCAAGUCCCCGCCAAGAGAGGAGUCUCUGUCUUGGAGAGAUCAGGACAAACCUUUGCUCCAGUCCUUUCAACCUUCACACUCACAUGCAGGAAAGAAGACUGCAGAAAGCACGCAUGCUGCAAAUGGGGCGAACACCAGAGGCAUCACGCUGCAAGAGAAAACUGUCGGUAGCAAAGGCACCUCCCAUGAGAAGGACGCCCCGAUGGUGGACAACCUCACGCCGACUGUCAAGCAGUCCAGCGAGAUGCAGUGGGAAUAUCACAACGUGGCCACGGACAUCGUCUCUGUUACACAAAAACCAGACCCAGGAGACAAGCUGGAGAUGGAAUACAUCCAGCAGCUGCGGUCCCUUAUCCCCAACAACAACGUGAGGAAGUUCAUUGCUCACUUGAUGCGGACUCUCAAAAUGGACUGCUCUAAGCCCCAGGUGCAGGUGGCGUGUGCCAAGAUCCUCUCUGAAACCGGCCUCCUGAUGAAGCUUCUCAGUGAGCAGGAGGAAGGAAAGGUUCCCAAGCCAGAAUGGGAUACGGACCAGUGGAAGACUGAGAACUACAUUAGUGAGAAUACCGAAGGCCAGAGUGAACAGAAACAGCCAGACGAAAGUGAGCUCACAAAAGAAGUUCCAGGAUAUGGCUAUCAUGAUGGCUAUCAUGAGGCCAAAGCAAUCGUGGUAAUAUUUGUGAUUGUAGUCGUGAUGAUAUUGAUUAUAAUUAUCGGUCUCAUUGAGAUAUAUGGUCAGAGACGAAGAUCUAAAAAUGGAAGAUCCAGGACCUCUGGAAGUUCUCAUAAGAGAAGUUCAGAACGAAAGAGUCAGGAUGGCUUUUUCUGGCGAAGGCGGCCCCUGCGGGUGAAAGACACCAAUCGUUCGCUCAGUGCCACACAUAAAAAAAGCAUGUCACAGAUACGUGACAAGGAUUCCGAGAUCUUCCGCCGUAAUACAGGGGAGCUCAAGGAGGUCGUAGUAGCAAAAACAGAAUUGACUCCUGAGGAGAAAGCAGCCAAGACCAAGGCAGCCAAGAAGACCCAGGGAGCACAGGCACCUCAGCGCCCCCUACUUGGCACCCCGACACCACAGACUCCCCAGUCAAGUCUGUCCAUCAAGGCUCCACAGGCCCCCCAUGCACUCGAGUCCUUCAGAUCCCAGGAGAUCUCGUCAACACAGGAGAUCUCAACUCAGAUUGAGGAACUACAGGACUCCUCAAAGGGAGCCACCGUGUCUGAAUGAACGGCUCCCGCCUCAGACCACCUGGAAAUUUGUCUUUCAUAGUGAAACAUUCCAUGCUCUUAUAAUAAAAUCACGAUGAGCCACA